AUGCCGCCCAAAGCAGCCGUCGAAGACUUUGACGAUGAUACCGAUUUCGACCUCCCGACCAUCGGCGCUGCCGCUCCUUCUCAGCAGCAACCUCAGGCAUCGCAACAGGACCAGAUGGCCGCAUUCCAGAAGAUGAUGGAGCAGAUGCAGAUGGGUCAGGGCCAGGCGCCCGCGGGCCUCGGCGACUUUGGCUCCUCGCGACCCCCGGCCGCCGCUUCCAGGUCUGCUGCGGCAGCCAAGGAUGCAGGCUCCGACGAGCACAAGAAGUGGAUCAGCGUCUACCCGAUCUACUUUGACGCCAAGCGCCACUAUGGCAAGGGGUGCAGGAGGGUCGCCUACGACAAGGCCAGCCCGUUCCCGACCGGCCUGUGGAUCGCCAAGGCCGUCGGGAGGCUGAACCUGCUCUACAUUCAGGAGCCGUACAAGACCCACCCGCAGGACUGGGAGAACCCUGGCAGGGUCAAGGUCAAGCUCUUCGAUGAGGAUGGCAAGCCGCUGCAUGCCAAGUUCAGCAACAAGAAGCAACUGUUCGACGCCAUCGCCGAGAUCCUUCAGCCCAACUGCGGUGGCAAGCCGCCCGCCCUGGAGCCUAGGACGAAGCGCGUCAAGCCUGCCGCCUUCAAGGCCACCGCACUGGCCGAGAACGCCAAGGCCCGCGCCGAGGGUGCUGCUCCUGCGGCAAAGAAGGGUCGCAAACCCGCCUCGUCCUCGUCCUCGGCCUCCAACCCGUCCAAGCCGUCGCUGACGAGGAAGCAGAGGCAGGAGCUCGCCCGGAUGCGCCGGGAUCCCAACCCCAACCCGAUCCGUCAGAGGCUGGCGGCGAUCAAGUUCCCCCCGCGCCUCGAAGACCGCCUUCCGGAGCACUCGCCCGCCCUCGAGGGCGGCGUGCUCAACAUGAACCUGGCCGAGGCGAUGGGGGGCAUGCCGCCCGGCAUCGGCGGGCCCGGUGGAGCGGGAGGCAUGAUGGAGCAGCUCGGACCGCUGGGCGGCAUGCUCGGCGGCAUGGGCCUCGGUGGCGGAGACGAUGACGAUGACGAAGACGACGAGGCCGAGGCCGAGGCGCUCAAGAAAAAGGGGCAGGACAAGCAGAUGCCCAACCUCAGCCGGCGGCAGAAGAAGAAGGUGGUGCGAAUCGGCCGCUGA